UAUUUGGCUUAUAAAAGACCUUGAGUGUAGGAGUUACAAGCUAAUAUAGAUUAACCUUCUGCAACGGAAAGAAGUGCUGCUCGUUAAGUUGAAUUAAAAAUGAACUAUUCGUUGCUACUUGUCGCGAUUUUAUUCGGAGGGUUCGGGGACACAACAAAUGCUUUCACCUGCCAACAAGAGGGAGUGUUCAAAAACACCGACACAAAUGACUGUAAGUCAUACGUCAUUUGUAACUCCAAUUUGGCGCCUUUAGUGCAAAAUUGUCCUGCCGACACAUAUUACUGGCCCGAGGCAAAGGGUUGUUUCAGUGAUUACAAUUGUGCUACCAGUUCUAUGCCCGGCAAUGCAAAUCCUUGCGAAGGAUUUGAUAAUCAAAAUAUUCCCGACAAAUCAGUUGCGGAUUGCUCGAAAUACUUAGAAUGCAGUUCCGUCAAUGUAUACCACGGAAGUUACGUAACAGUACCGCAGGUGAAAAGUGUUAACUGUCCAAGUGGAACAGUAUUCCGACCCAAUUAUCGUGCCUGUGUCGAUGCCGCUUCGUACCAAUGCAGCAGUUAUCCAUGCACUUCGGAAGGAAUCUUCGAAGAUCCGAACUCUAACAGUUGCUCGUCUUUUAUAUCAUGUUCGUCACUCCAAAGUUGGUAUAGCACGGCCUCAUUGUUGUAUGCCAAUGUGAAAACCUGUACAUCCGGCACGAAAUUUUCACCUUUCACAAAGAAAUGUGACUCCUUGUACAAUUGUGAUGGAAUCGAUCAAUAUAACGGUGUGGAUCCGUGUGCCGAAUAUAACUAUGCCAAUCCGUUUGUGCCUAAUCCAUUCGACGCCACCGCGGCAUCGUACAUCGAAUGCAGUACUGAUCUGUAUGGCGACAAAUCAGGCACAAUUCUGAGAAAAGAUUGUCCGGCAAACUUCUACUUUUCACCACUUCUCGGCAAAUGCUACAACAAUUACGAUCCCACCGAAACGUGUUCCAAGGAUCCAUGCAGCAGUGGCAACGGAAAGUAUGUCGACUAUAAGUCCGGUAUGUGUGAGAAUUUCAUUGAAUGUCGUGACGAGUCGAAAGAUGCCUCAUCUUAUAAGCCGGUCUAUGAGAAAGUAUAUUGCCCACCCGGCACACGUUACUCACCCGAAUUGAAAGAAUGUUUGAAGCAGUAUGUGUGUCCUACAUUCCCGGUUGAUUAUUGCUAUCCACAAAUUCCAACAACAACUACGACGACUACGACAGCUGCAGCUGGUAAAUAAAAAAAUUCAAGCUAAUCAGCAGCAAUGAAAAUCUAUUUUUAGAAAGUUAGGUAGUGUGCU